AUGCGGCUUCUCAUUCUUGCUCUCGCUGGCUUCGUCGCCUUCACAUCCGCGAUGUCGGAUGAAGAUGUGAACAAGACUUUCAUCGCUGCCCUUGGGAAAGUGCCUCUCUCGUACCACUCUCUGAGAGGUCCAGAACGGCAAGGACUUCUACAAGUUCCUCUCUUCACCAGCAAUCCGGAUGUUCGCAAAUAUUUCAAAGGUGCAGAAAGCUUCACUGCUGAUGAUGUCCAGAAAAGCGAUAGGUGGAUUUAUUUGAUAUUUGCAGAUUUCGCGACUCAGGGCAAUGCUCUGCUCACGUCCGUGUACAUUCUCGCCGACACCUACGACAAUGAGAUGAUCUUCCGCGCGUUCGUCCGCGAUCUCAUGAACCGACAUAAGGAACGAGGACUUGACCCCAAGCUGUGGAAGGAAUUCUGGGGAAUCUUCGAGAAAUUCCUGGACGGUCGAAAAGCACUCACUGCUGACCAGAAGACUGCCAUUGAGACUCUCGGCACAAGGUUCAACGAGGAAGCUCAGAAGCAACUCGGCGUCCUCGGACUCCCACACACAUAA